AUGCAAGAACAUAACAUGACUAUGUCAUAUUAUCAACAAGGGUAUGUCAAACAAUUGCCAUCAGUUAAACCCUAUUUACGAUCGGUACAAAACAUCAGCAAUAAAGCAAUUAAUGAAGCAUUGAAUAAUUUAUUAAUUGAAGAAGAAGAUUAUCAAGGUUUGAGAAGUUUAAUUGGUGCUUAUGAUAAUUUUGAUAAUGGAUCAUUGGCCCAACGUUUGGAAAAACAUGAAUUGAUUGAACUUCGUCGUGUUGAAGCAUAUUUAUACAAAGGAAAUAAUCGUUGGAAACAAGCUAUUGAAUUAACGAAAAAAGAUCGCUUGUACAAAGAAAAAUUAGCAUGGCGACACGAUAUUAUGAAUUUUGCCAUGCCCUAUAUGAUUCAAGUGAUGCGAGAAUAUAUUUCAAAGGUUGAAUUGAACCGAAUGAAAACGACGAUGUUCCAGAGCUGGGCAACACGUUUAGCGACAGCAGCACUUGGUCCAGCGUGGUUUGCAGGUUGGUCAGCGUUGUUUGCUGGUUGGCCAGUAACGUUUCCUGGUUGGCCAGCGUUGUUUCCUGGUUGGCGAGCAACGUUUCCUGGUUGGCCAGCAACGUUUCCUGGUUGGCCAGCAACGUUUCGAGGUUGGCUAACCGCACGUUGA